AUGUCCUCUUGCAACAACUCCAUUCCUCAACCCUUGACAUUUGUCCUGGCUGGAAUUCCUGGCUUGGAAUCUUCCCAUGGCUGGUUCUCUGUGCCUUUUUUUUUGGUAUUUGUCAUUACAAUGAUUGGGAAUGCCGCCAUCUUAUGCAUCAUCUGGGUGGAGAAGAGUCUUCAUGAGCCCGUGUUUCUCCUCCUGGCCAUGCUGUCUGUUGUUGACCUGUCCCUGGUCAGUGUCACUGUGCCCCGCAUGCUAGGAAUCUUCUGGAUGAAUGCCAAAGACAUCAGCUUUAAUGCCUGCCUCGCACAGAUGUUUUUCAUCCCUUCAUUUUAUGUCAUGGAGUCUGGGAUCCUCCUAGCCAUGGCUUUUGACAGAUUUGUGGCUAUCUGGUACCCUCUGAGAUAUACAACCAUCCUUGCUAACAACAUACUUGUGAAGAUGGCUCUGGCUGUCCUGACAAGGGCGGUGGCAGUGCUGACUCCAGCACCCAUCCUGGCAAAAAGACUGGAAAGCUUCCAAACCCACAUCAUCUCUUACUCCUACUGUGCCUACAUGGCUGUGGUACAGAUAGCCUGUGGGGACAUCUCCAACCACAUUGUCUAUGGCCUCAUGGUUAUUGUAACAUCUGUGGGAUUUGAUUUGCUUUUUAUCAUUCUGUCCUAUGGGCUGAUCCUUCAUGCUGUCUUUCGGAUCCCCUCUUGGGAGGCAGGGGGCAAAGCUCUCAGUACAUGUGGCUCCCAUCUUUGUGUCAUAGCUCUCUUUUAUUCUCCUGUUGUCUUCUCUGUCCUGGCCCAGAUUUUAGGCUACCAUAUGGCUCCCUAUAUCCAGAUUAUCAUUGACAACCUCUACUUCCUAGUGCCUCCCAUGGCCAACCCCUUGAUUUAUGGAGCCCGGACUAAGCAAAUGCAGGAGCGGGUACUACGGAUCCUCCGCUGUCAUAGAAACUGA